GUGGUUAAGAGCGGUUAAGAAGGUGGCUGACUCGCUUAUAUGGCCGGUUCGCUUACCAAAUACAUUAACUAACUGACCACAUACGUAGUUAAUUUGCACCCAGGGCGGCGAGAGCGGCCUCUUCCCGAGGACGAAAGGAUUGUGUUGAAUUGAUAAAUGAUUGUAGCCCGCUGUGCUUAACUAGUUUUUCAGGAUACCUCAACUGUGAUGACACUCUUACCCAUCACCGUUACCUAUUACCGAGAGUUCCCGACUUGCCAGGAUGUCUCAAGUUCAUCAAACAGCUCCAACGUCAGCCAGUGGCUCCAGAACUGAGUCAUUAGCGGAGUCCAAUGAGGGCCCUUCAACAACCCGUAUAUCAGCAACUCUGAGAUUACGUGCAGAAAGUGCUGAAGACCGUUCCAUCUCUAAUGAGCACGCUGAAAUUCAGAACCCAGCUCGGCAUAUACAGUGGAGAGAUGACGUUAUCGACAACGAAGGAAUGGGAAAGAAAAGCUCCAAAGUCUGCUGCAUAUAUCAUAAAGCUCGACCUGUCGGUGAGAGUAGCUCAGAAUCAGAAUCGUCUGAUUCCAGUGAGUCCGAUUCCGAUUCCGAUUACGGCGAUGAUGGUCAGACACACCGUAACGGCGGGCGGCGGUCUCGUCAUCACAUGAGUUGUGACCACAACAGCCCUGGACAUACAUCAUCAGAACGGCCAUCCGAUACCGGAAAGACAAGACGAAGAAAACCUAGCCCCAAUGCCUACGAGAAGAUGCCUAAGACAACAAGGGGUCGCUGA